AAUAUUGCACAUAUACACCGCUUGCAAGGAAGGCGCUAGACACCCCCGGCGCAGCUUAGCAACCUUCCUUUGCCUCCUCUGCAAACGACCGCGAAACGAAAGCAAAUCGAAUUAGGAUUCCAAGAUUGGCCGGGCUGCGGCUAACAUGAGCUGAGGUGGCUAAGAGAGAGCGAUGUCCUCCACCUCUAGAUCUCUCCUCCACCGCCUAACGCCCUUCAUCACCACUCGCCUCCGCCAAAACCAGAGGCUUCUCUCAUCCGCCGUCAGAAUCGAAGAAUCUCCAAUACCAACGGUUCAGGAAGAUGCCGUACACAUGACAGAAAAUUGCAUUCGGAGAAUGAAAGAGCUGCAUUCCAAAGAAGCAUCUGCAGGAGGAAAGAUGCUUCGUUUGAGCGUUGAAGCUGGAGGCUGUUCUGGGUUCCAAUAUGCCUUUUUGCUGGAUGACAAAGCCAAUUCAGAUGAUAGAAUUUUCGAGAAGGAAGGUGUCAAGCUGGUGGUUGAUACAAUCUCAUAUGACUUUGUCAAAGGUGCCACUGUUGAUUAUGUUGAGGAGCUGAUCCGCUCUGCUUUCCUGGUGACAACAAAUCCAAGAGCUGCCGGUGGCUGCAGUUGUAAAAGCUCUUUCAUGGUGAAAUAACCAUUGUCAGAUACAGAAGCUGAUCUACCCUCAUACUCUGAUUUUGUUUUCCAUAUACUCCGUUCCAGCACAGCUCGAGUCUUUCUCGGCUUUCCUCAGACUGGUAAUCACAGCUUGUAUUAGAAUUAUUUCUUGAUGACCAUAAUAAAUACAAUUCAGGGCUUCUCUCAUGUAUCAGUUUUCAUUUUUGUAACAAUAUAUUUUUGCUGCCUAUUUAUAAAGUAACUCUGUUGC